AUGGCAUGGAGAGGGGUACGGCUUUUGCAGCUGCUGGCGGCGGUGUUGCUGAUCGGUGGUAUCAGGGCGCUGGUGCUGGAUGGCCACUUGAUUGUGGACGAUUCAGGUCGACUGCAUGUCAACUGCUCGAAACGUGUAUUGGUUGAUGGCGUUGACGUUGUGGCGCAGCUAGGCGCCCUGAAACAGAAUGCCACGGCCGCCUUCUCUGAUUGGACUACCCCCACGGCCAUGACCUCGACCUCGACCCCGGCUGCCACCCCUGUGGCUGGUUCGAGUGUUGAGGAUGUCACCGUUGGCGUCGAUGAUGGCGGUGGCUUGCACUUGAAUGGCAGCACGGUUCUUUUCAAUGGCAUUGACGUCCGCGCCGAGUUGUUGCUGCUGCGAGCGCAAAUAGAGCUUCUUGUCCCAGCGCUUACAUCGUCGCCUCCCGGCGUCAUGGCCAACUCUCCAACCGUUCAGGCCGAAAUGACGCUGGACCCCCUUGGCAAUGUCAUUCUCAACAGCAGCAGAUCCGGGAAAGUAUCAGUCAAUGGGUUGCCGCUGCUGGAUGAGCUCGCGAUCUUGCAGCAGGCUGUCGCUGCGCUGGCUGGCCGCACCACCAGCAUCUUCACCUCCUCACCAGCUCCCACAACCACAAGUCUUGAGCCCGUGAUCUCGCCCAAUAUAAGCUCGUGCAGCCUCAGCAAUGUGCCUGCUGGCGUCACGGAAAUAAGAGGCGAUCUUAUCCUGUCUGGUUGCAGUGCUCUGCUAGCGAGCGACCUGCUCGUACUUGUCGAGCUGCGCAACGUCACCGGAAACGUCCGGAUAGAGAGAAACGGAGCCCUGGUUAAUUUGAAUGGCUUGGCCAGCCUGUCGGUUAUUGGUGGCUACCUACACAUUUCUAACAACUAUCAGCUGACCAACAUCAAUGGGCUGGCAGCUUUGUCGUCCAUUGGCAAACAACUCUAUAUCCUGGCGAAUGUCAAACUCACCAACCUGCAUGGUCUGCAAGCCCUGACCCGCAUUGGGGCUUUCUUGACGCUUGGCAUGAAUCACGUCCUGCAGGAUCUCGCGGGGCUUGAACAACUCAAGCACGUCAAUGAAUACGUUCGCAUAGAGAAUCAUGACAGUCUCAGCAAUCUCAAUGGAUUCGCUGGCCUCACGCAUAUCGGCAACUACCUCCUCAUCUACAAUAACAAGGCGCUACAGCACCUUGAUGGGCUGGGCAAUCUCAAAGCCAUUCAGACCGACUUGGAUGUGAAGAGCAACGACAAUCUCACUGUCAUCUCCGGGUUUGACAAACUGCCACAACUGGGCUCUGACAUGAGUGUCCGUCCAUGCCAGAAUUUCUCAAUCCGUCCUUUCCCCCUGCUGCAGCACAAUGAUCGGCUUAGCCUGCUAGCUGGUUUUGAAAGUCUCACCAGCAUCACAUCCUUUGAAUUGCGGACCAAGCUGGAUGAUGCAAACUUUCUGGCCCGAUACCGGACUCAACACAACAAAACGCUGGUACUAGCUGAUGGUGGCAAGCAGGCUCAAAACACCAAAGAUCAGCAAAAGGGCAGCUGA